AUGGCUUCACUCUGCACGCGCUGCUCCCUCCGUCUGCAACGGCAAUCCCAGCCGUCCCGUCUGAUCACGCGCACCUUCUGCCAAAGCACCACCCGCCCGGUCGAGUUCCCGACUUUCACGCCCUCCACCAAUAAAACCCUCAACGACACUCUCGCCGCCUACCGCGAUAAACAUCUCGUCCCCGCCUUUCUCACCAGACGCGAGCAGCAGCUCAUCUUUUCCCCCCACAAGAAAGACUACCUGAAAGAGAACCCCACCACCAUCGAAUUGGGAGGUCAAGAAAUCAAACUACAAUGGUUCGACCGUCACACUGAGCGGCCUGCGAGGAUGAAAUUAGUGAAAGCGGCGCUGGAACAAAUCUUCCAAAGCAAAGAUGGCAGAGAUUGGGAGAAUGUUGCGAAGCUGCUACAAGCGCUCAAAGAAGUCCACAAAGCGCCGUUAGAGGAGAAAGUACAGGAUAAGAUCGUCCGCAAAGCGGUCCGUCAAGGACAGAUUUCGCAGGUGCUGAAGAUGCUGCAACACGCUGAUAAGACAAGCAUGUCUUUGAAGAGCGGUUUGGUGUUGAAGACGUUGGUGAUGGGUGUGAGAGAUACGGCGCAAAGGAGUGGAUGGGAGAAGGAGCAUGUCAUACGAGCGCUGGAGAUGUUGCAACGCAUUGCGCAGUUGCUGGAGACUGAGCAACAUGGAGCAGGAAGAAAUAUCGUGGAGGGAGAUCCGAGGAUGGAUCCGUUCAUUUUGGGAGUACAGCUCGAACUCGUCUCUGUCUACGCAUAUAAACACAACCAAGGUGUUGAUGAAAACGAGACGGUUGCCAGAUACGCGGAUCGCCUGCUAUGUUCGAUUGGCGAGGAACAGCUCGAUGCUUCUGUAUUGGAAACAAAGCUGGUAUUGAGAGAGCAAGGUCCGCAUUCGGAAUUUCAACAUGCCGUACCUAUCUUGCACGGCGUGUUCUUAGCCAACAAGAUGCUUGGGGAGGAGAUGCCUCAAGCAGAGGAGGCUCGGCGUCUUAUUGCAGCUUACGAGCAUACACUGAGCGGACUGGCGGCAAUCUUAGAGGGGAGAGCGCCGGCUCAGGGCUCUUAUGAUCAUUCUGCGCUCGAGGCUUGGAGGAGGAUGAUCCGCGACUGA